UGAGUUAGUAAUGUAUUAAUGCUGCACUCUAGUGCUGUCCUUAACCACCGUAACCACUUCAUAUGUAGGAUAAAAUACACUUCUAUGUCAGAAAAAGAGGGAAAUGUUUCCAAACGUGAGUGAAGAUUACACUGAGCUGCUGUUGGCUCGCCUGAUGAUUCUUUUCUCAGUUUGGAUCUGGAAAAAGAGAUCAUUUAUUUACACCAUAAACACUCACACAGUUACUGCCACAGCUACAGAUGAGUCUCCUGCUUCUCCUCCUGCUGUAAUUUCUCUUGUUUUGACCGCUGAAAACGGCAGUGUUGUUAAUCUUCCUGCGAUCAUAAACAGCAAUGUUUCAGAUCAUGUCAAUUUCGACAUCACAGCCAGCACUGCUUGCCCUCAAGCUUUGCCACAAGAAACAAAAAAUCAAUAUUUGAAAGCCCUACAGAAUUUUUUGGCAAGUCACAAAGCCAAUAUGAAGAAGAAAUUUGAGUGCAUUUUUGAAUAUGACACAAAGACCAAAAUACUCCUCAAGAAGAUCUACACACAACUGUACAUCACUGAAGGAGAACUCAAAGAUGUGAACAAAGAGCACGAGAUUAUGAAAAUUGACAAAGAUUUCACUGUGAAAAAGUCUGAAGGAAAACAAAUUAACUGCAAUGAGAUUUUCAGUCUUUCAGAGGAAAAUAAAGAAAAUAAAGUCGUGCUCACCAAGGGAAUUGCAGGAAUUGGAAAAACAGUAUCUGUGCAGAAGUUUAUUCUCGAUUGGGCUGAAGGAGAAGCCAACCAAGCCAUAGACUGCAUUUUCCUCCUUCCAUUCCGAGAGAUUAAUUUAAUUAAAGAUGAAGAAUUCAGUCUUCAUGAGUUACUGCAGGAAUUCUACCCUGAACUGGCAAAAGUCAAUGAAACAGAUUUGUAUGAAAAGUUUAAGCUUGCAUUUGUCUUCGAUGGGCUGGAUGAGAGCCGUCUUCCAUUGGACUUCAGUGUCCGUAAGGUGAGAAGUCCACAAAAGAAAGCAUCUCUAAAUGCUCUCAUCACAAACCUGAUUGAAGGAAACCUGCUUCCUUCUGCUCUGAUCUGGAUCACCUCUCGACCUGCAGCAGCCAAUCAGAUUCCUCCGGAGCAUGUGAGCUUGUUUACAGAAGUGCGAGGAUUUACUGAUAAACACAAGGAGGAGUAUUUUAGAAAGAGAAUAUUAGAUGACAAUGAUGCCUCUAAAAUCAUCUCACAGGUGAAGAAAUCUCGGAGUCUCUAUAUCAUGUGCCACAUCCCCAUCUUCUGCUGGAUCACUGCUACUGUGCUUCAGGAAAUGGUGGUGCAAAAUGAUGGAGAAGAAAUUCCCAUUACACUGACUGAAAUGUACAUCCACUUCCUACUUAUACAGAUGAGAAUCAAAAAUCAGAAGUAUGAUGAGAAAGAGGAGCGAGAUAUAAGGAAGCUUCUGAAAAUUAACAGAGAAAUUAUCCUGAAGCUGGCCAAGCUGGCAUUUAACCAGCUGAUAAAGGGGAACAUCAUGUUUUAUGAAGAUGACCUGAGAGAGUGUGGUAUUGAGGUCAGUGUAGAUUCAGAGUACACUGGAAUGUGUGCAGAGAUCUUCAAAAAGGAAUCUGUUCUUCAUGAGAAGCAGGUUUACUGUUUCAUACAUUUAAGCAUUCAGGAGUUUCUUGCUGCACUCCAUGUUUUCAACUCCUACCUGAACAAAAAGAUGAAUGAGUUACAGUUUUUCUUUAAAGAUCACUCUCCUAUAGAGGUUUCGCUGUAUGUUUUAUUGAAGAAGGCUGUUGAUGAAGUCAAAAGUAGUGAGAAUGGACAUUUAGAUCUCUUUCUUCGAUUCUUGUUAGGUAUUUCACUCGAGACAAAUCAGAAGCUCUUGCAAGGUGUACUUCCACACACAGAGUUACCAAAAAAGAGCAUUAGUAGCUACAUUCGGCAAAUACAGAAUAAUUCUUCUGAUUUGUCCCCUGAGACGUCCAUCAAUCACUUUUUCUGUCUGAUGGAACUGAAAGAUGACUCCCUGAACAACCAAAUCAAGAAAUAUCUGUGUACAGACAAGUUUCCAGAUAGAAAGUUAUCCUCGUCUAAUUGCUCAGCACUGGCCUACUUGCUUCUAAUGUCUGGAGAUGUCUUGGAGGAACUCGACCCAAAGAAAUUCAACCCAUCCUAUUCAGCCUACAGGAGACUCAUUCCAGCUGUGAGGUGCUGCAGAAAAGCUCUGUGA